CCCAAAACGGGCAUUUCCGUUAACCCUCCGUUAGAAACUUAACGGCGACCCAAAACUGGCAAAUUUCAAUAAAGUUGGGAUUAUUAUGCAUCACAGUGAAAGGUGGGAUUAUUUUUGAAAGACCGGGUAAAGUUGGGAUUAUUUUGGGCAAUUUUUCCUAAAUAAAUUGAUUUUGUAAUCUAAAAAUAAUAAAAUAUAAUUAGAGUCAAAGUUAAAAAAUUUUAUUAUUAUAAAAAUGGUUUAGGAAUAUUAAUUGAAAUUGGAUCCAACUUAGGGGCUGUUUGGCAACUUCUGAAUAGACUUCAACGCUGAGAAUCUCCCUUCUUCGCAUAAUCGCAUCUUCCCAAUUGCGAUUCCUCCUCCCGAAUUAGAAAAAGUUGUUGAAGGCUAUAGCUCAUCAUUCAUCAAAGAUAUCGAGAUUUGGAAUUACUCUCUUCUUCCAGUUUGGUGGUGCAGAAAAGUGAGUUUUUGUUAUGAAACCAAUGGAACAUGCAACUGGCACAUGUUGUAGAAUAGUGAUUAUGAACUUGUUGAGUCAUACAUGAUUAGAGAUUUAGGUUGUAGCCAAAUGGAAAAGAUAGGAGCAGAUGGAGAUGAUCUACUACCAGCAUUGCCUAGAGUUGAUAGAUUUGGAUUUUUAAAACAAGAACAUAGUCAUUCUAAUGGUCUGGCUAGAAGCAAAUCAGCCUACGAUUAUCAAAGGGAUGAAAGAAGGAUAAGAAAAUGGAGGAAAAUGGUUGGUGUUGGAGGAAGUGAUUGGAAGCACUAUGUUCGGAGAAAACCUCAUGUAGUUAAACGGCGAAUACGGAAAGGAAUUCCUGAUUGUCUGAGGGGCCUUGUUUGGCAGCUAAUUUCUGGAAGUCGGGAUCUUUUGCUCAUGAACCCAGGAGUAUAUGAGCAACUAGUCAUAUAUGAGACUUCGGCUUCCGAACUUGAUAUUAUUCGAGAUAUUUCUCGCACCUUUCCUUCACAUGUAUUCUUCCAACAGAGGCAUGGACCGGGCCAGAGGUCUCUUUACAAUGUUCUUAAAGCAUACUCUGUAUAUGACAGAGAUGUUGGAUAUGUGCAGGGCAUGGGAUUUGUGGCUGGCCUCCUGCUUCUUUACAUGAGUGAAGAGGAUGCGUUUUGGUUACUGGUUGCCUUGUUGAAAGGAGCAGUGCACUCUCCAAUGGAAGGAAUGUAUUUGAAAUAUUGAGAGAAGGCAUCCUAAGUUCCGAAGCAUGUUUCUUUGGUAUAUAGCAAGAUUUCUUCCAAAAUCCCAGAGCACAAGGAAUCUU